AGUCUCUCCAUCAAGAAUCCAGCCAAUUUGCUCUCACAAAAGUCAGCACUGACCAAGCUGAUGCGGGUCUCAGCAUUCCUUUUGACCCUGCAAGUGUAGAGCUGAAAGGAGGUGCCUCCUUGUCCAAAGGGUUUUUUAUCAAGCCACAGAAGAAGAGUGUAUCUCUCCAGUCACUGGAAGCACUGAGAAGAGAAAGAGAAAUCAACAUGGAUCAUUCCUUCAUCCGACAACUCCGGAGCAAAAACAUCCAGCUGUACAUGGUCACUGAAAUCCUCGAAGCCUCAGAGGAGGCCGUCUACAAGGAAUCCACCAAGGCAGACGGGGGGUUCAUGGCCAAAUUUUAUGCUACAUUCUCUGCAAAGGGCACCAGAGAGAACAACCAAGGCAUAGUCAUACCUAAGGGCUGCACGCUGGCCUUCAGGACCAUCCCGCUAUGCAUUAGAGAUGGAAAAUGGAAUGUGCAUUAUUUCUUAACAGAAGACAUGCCAAAAAUCGUUUACCAAGGUCCUGUAGUACGACAAGAAGGAAACCAGACAUUUUAC